AUGUUUCGACAAAGGACGAGCUCACAGAAGCCGGGCGAUGAACUGCUGGCCAAUUUCCGACAGCAGUUCCCUGACCUUGCUGCUGCCAGUACUUCUGCUACUGCUCCAGGCCUGUCACAAACUACUGGUGCCGAAAACGUGCCUGCUGUGCCUCUACCUGAUCGGAACCAGAACCUCACUCAAGAUGCAUUCCGUGAUCAAGAUCCAACCCCUAGGGCGACUAACGACCCUUGGAGAUUUACUCCUUCUCUCUUAGAUCCGAAUUCCAUGUCAUUCGCCAACUUUGCUAAUGCACCACCUGGCUACUACACACCUACACCUGGAGGCACUAAUACACUAUUUCACCCGCAGGCCGGCGACCUGCAUACUCCGACUCUCGGGUUGGGAAUGGGACUUAACACACCGCUGUCUAUGCCAACAUCGGGAGACUCGCUGCAUCCUGGCCCAGCUCAACCAGUGAUGGAUAUGUCGGGGUUUCAGACACUGCAACCACACCAAUUUCACCAUUUUAACCCGUUCAUUCAAGCGCCACCACCCCAGCCAACCUUUGCGCCCUCUACAUUCGUUCACCAAGACACAGGAUAUGAGACCAUGGAUCAAGAUGGAUCACCCAUGGACUCGGAUCCUUCUGAAGAGCGCAUGUCAUCUAUUGGUGCCGCUCUUCAUAAGACUACACCCAUGAUGAACAUGCCAACAAGACAGUUUUCAAGUGGUCCUAUAUCCCAUCCCCUUCCGGCCUCAGCAGAAAAAUUUCGAUUUCACUCAACCCUCAACGCUCCUACUGCCAUGAUCAAGCAUGCGGACGAAAUCCCCGUCACUUAUCUUAAUAAGGGACAGGCUUACUCACUUUCUGUCGCUGAUACAAACGCUACCAUGCCCGUUGCCCCUGGAACCAAAUAUCGCACCUUCGUGCGGGUGUCAUUUGAGGAUGAGCAGCAACGACAACGGCCAGGUGUAUGCUGGGGUCUCUGGAAAGAAGGCAGAGGCACUAAUGAGGCACACCAGAGGGGCGGAAAGCUUCAAGCAGUUGAAUACGUAGAGGCAGGCCAGCCAGCUGAAGGUGACGAUAAGCGAACCCGUGUGGAGCUUGAAUCGUCUUCCUUUGAUGGCUUCUGUGUCACUUGGACACCAGGAAUCAAUGGCCCUCCCGAGGUUAACAUCGCAGUUCGCUUCAACUUCCUCUCUACCGAUUUCAGCCACUCGAAAGGCGUCAAGGGUAUUCCUGUAAGACUCUGCGCAAAGACUCACCCUGUGCCGUGCGAUCCUUCACAACCAGCGGCCGACGCCAACCCUGAGAUUUGUUACUGCAAGGUCAAGCUCUUCCGUGAUCAUGGAGCAGAGAGGAAGUUGUCUAACGACGUGGCACAUGUGAAAAAGUCUAUCGACAAGCUUAAGCAGCAAAUCGCACAAGCGGAGAGUGGUCUCAAGGAUUUUGGCAAGCGCAAACGUUCCAGUGGAGCUGCAAAGAUCGGAGAGCCGCAAAGACCCGGCAAAGUUCAGAAGCAUAAGCGAACAUGGUCUAUGUCCUCAGCCAGUUCUGCAGGCGGUGGUGGAAGAGCUACCAUGGAAGAAGACUUACAUUUCAAGCUCCAAACGCUGCAGGACAUGUUCACCAGUACACGGCCCGUCAGUGUAUUAUUCCUUCGGGGCGAAGAGCCCGAUGACCCAGACCUGCAUCCUGUUUCUCUUCCAGGGGAUAUAUCGCCUCUGACCAAGCCUGGCGAAGGUCCCAACUGGCAGGCCAGGAGCGGACGAAGCUCUGUCGCGGGCUCUAUGAUUUCUCCCUCGCCCAGUUCUCUAUCCCUGGCAUCACAGGCAUCUGGUAUUGGCGCUGGUGGUCAAUGGAAGAACUUCGACUCAGUAGCGGGAGGUGACAUAUCGCGGAAAGGGUCUGAACAACCCACAAGAAUCGCCAAGGGUGACGAUGAUGGUAGUCUUAGUGGAUGGAUCGAGGCUCUAGGUGUUGACUCCUCCUACCGCCCACCUCAGGAGCGAAAUCCAAAGCCUGUGGCAUGCUUCUACAUUCAACGAAGGAAUCCAAACGAGCCCGGAAGCUCGGACUACCACCGCGCUAUCUACCUGAUGCAACGUAGUCUUCAGGAACUUAACAACCGAAUCGCGGCCAAGUGGGGCAUCGAUCCUGCCCGAAUCCUCCGCACAAUCCAUUCCAUCCAGAACGGCCUCGAGGUGGAGAUGGACGACGAUGUGGUACAAGAGCUCAAGGAAGGUCAAGACAUGACGCUUGAGGUACAAGAAGUUACUGGACCAGCAGUCAAGCGGGAAUGGGAAAUGGCUGUCGAUGCCACCGAAGAUAUCGCAGAAUCUAACGACAAAGCAACAAGUGGUUUCGUUCUCCGUCUUAGUUUCUGA